CAGGUCGUAAACUUUGAGGUACAAAGUGCAACAUCGUGACAGCGUCUUAAUUCUUAAUUGAGCGCGCUCAACCAAGACUCAGGCUGCGAUUCCGGGUUUCAACUUGAAAGGCUAGCUGCCGGCUUUGCGAUCGAGCAACAACGUGAACUUCGACAAUCCCCGAUAACAACACGCUUCCAGCCUGCGAGCCAAGGCGCACCGCACCCAACUCACCCAACUACCACUGAGCGUCCCUACAUCGCUCCCUGCAGCAACGAAGUCACUCGAAGGUCAAGAUGGUUGUUCAAGGUGUGAAAACUGUCUCCACGGCACGGAACGGCCUCGGCGCAUUCAUUCUCCAAUGCAAACGACUCGACUUCCAUUACUGCGACUGGGCCGGAUCAUCACGGGGCAUGAAAUCUUUCCUGACAUCCCCCCUCCUGAGCCAAUUCACCUCGAAAUACCCCGGCACCGAGUUCCGCAUCUCGCCGCGACCUAACCGACAUCCGAUCCUGAAGGCGUACUACAUCAACGGGCGGGAAAAGGCCGUCUGUGUGCGGAACUUGGAGAAGGAACAGAUCCUGAAAAAGGCCGAGUUUUUGAUCGCCAACAGUGGCAAGAAGAACGAGCUGAUUAAGGGGAAGAAGGUGAUUUCGACGAAUGAGAACGUUAGAGGCAUUUGGAGUCCUAUGCAUGGUGGGAUUAAGGAUAUUUAAAUCCGAAUUUAAAAAGGGAAGGGUUUGAAAGCAUAAGAGAAUGGCGUAUUAGGGGAAAGGGUUACCCUGGGUUCGUUUUUCGGGACUGUGUUACGAACAAAAAAAGAAAGCGAACGAGCGAGUAGUGGAUAGGUCGCUCAUUGACCCUUGAACUCCAGCGUAAUGCUGCGGUUCGACUACCAGAUGGCAUGGGAGCGAUAGAGCGGAAGCGCAAGUGGAAGUACAAUCUACUACGUUACACUACACUACGCUACCUGGAGGCAAUGGAGAGCAUUGGACAUCAACGCCUGGAGAACGAACUGCAUAAAGGGCCAGGUAUAGGUAUGGCGACGUUUGAAGUCGACGAUGGCGAUCACGGGAUUGAGAGAGCACCAAAAACUAGCCCCUUCGGAGAGGGCGUUCAGUUCGAGGAACGGAGAUCAGGCUGCCCAGCGUGGAGCGAACAGAUCACGCCGUUGCGGGAGGAGACCAAAUGAGCAGAAAACAUUCAUGGACGGCAUUGGCGGAUGUACAACCAGCAGACGCAUCUGCAUCUUACCUUUGAUCAGUGUGACAAAUGCCAAAUCUUGAAGGACGCUGUCUGAUGCAAGAGGAAGUCUACCACUGCAGGAAGAAGGGUCUCAUCUCCAUCAGCGUUCAGGGCUCGCAGAAGCCAUCAAGACGAGUGGUAGUGGCCGUCCUUGGCCCUGAAGAUGCAGAUGAGCUCACAAUUCUACUUCACAGUCAAAUGGCGGAAAAACACCUGCAUGCGCACGAACACACGGGGUCAAAACUCAGAUGAAGAAAGAAAUCGCAGUAUCAUAGCAGCACAUCACAUGCAGUAUUGCCAUUGGCAGCUAAGGUAUCUAACGCUUCGCUCUCCUCUUAUGGCUUUCUCUGCCUUGCAUGAUUAAAAAUAUCAAAACCAAGCCGUUCGUAUCAUAAAGCAUUUUAUCAUGGAAAGUAUCCAUUGCUCUUCAUGGUCUCGUU